AUGGAGGUGAAAGUACAGUUGCCCGCUAUCACUGCUCUUGCUCAGUAUUAUGACUCUUCGUUCAGAUGCUUCACUUUUCAAGAUUUUCAGUUGGCACCAACCAUAGAAGAAUUUGAAUACAUCUUGGGCUUGCCAUUAGAGGGUAGCAAACCGUAUCAGCACUUGGAGCAUCAUGCCUCUGUUUCUAUCAUUGCUGCCAUAAUGAAACUACAGCCCAAUGAAUUGGAGAACCGGUUGAUAACAAGACAUCAAAUGCGUGGGUUGGCUCAAGGAUAUCUGGAACAAUAUCUGCAACAUCUGGCUGAUAAGGAGGAGUGGGAGACCUUUAUGGAUGUGUUAGCUCUCACCGUGUACGACAUUAUUUUAUUCCCUAAAAUAGAAGACUUUGUGGAUUAUACUGCAAUAGAUGUCUUUGUGGCCAGAAAAACAAGGUCGGAAAACCCUGUGACGGCAAUUCUUGCUGAUGUUUAUGGAACCUUGAGUUUCUGUCAUGAAAGGAAGGGAAAGAAGAUUCUUUGUUGUUUACCGGCGUUAUAUGCAUGGAUGAGUGCACGAGUAUUUAAGGGGGUAGUCGAUGUUGGAAGUUCAUCUGAGAAUCUACAUCAAGGAGGUAAUGAGUGGGCUUUUUUCUUUGCUGGUUUGAGAGAAGGAAAUGUAAAGUGGCACCUUCCUUGGCUUGGAAUUAAACCCUCUAUCCAGUAUUGUGGUGGCUUUCCCAAUGUACCUCUUAUACGUGCCCGAUAUUGUAUCAAUUACAAUCCUAUUUUGGUGCAAAGACAAUUCGGGCAUCCUAUGAAGGGGGCACCUUCAUCGGAUUUUCUUACUACUUUUUUCAUUUAUUAUGAAGAUGGGCAUUUCAUCGAAGUAUUGAGAAAAGUUAGGAGUGCUUAG